AUGGCUACAAUCAAGCCCAUCGAGGGCCGCACAGUCCACCAAAUACAAUCCGGUCAGGUCAUCGUCGACCUUUGUUCUGUCGUCAAAGAAUUGGUUGAAAAUAGUAUCGACGCCGGCGCAACAAGCAUAGAUGUGCGUUUCAAGAACCAAGGAUUAGACAGUAUCGAGGUUCAGGACAACGGGUCAGGGAUCUCUCCGAAUAACUAUGAGACCAUUGCCCUGAAGCACUAUACCUCGAAACUUUCGACAUACUCCGAUCUCGCUACACUGCAGACGUUUGGCUUCCGUGGUGAAGCCUUGUCCUCGCUAUGUGCUCUGUCUCAGUUCAGUGUCCUCACUUGCCUCGCAAAAGAUGUGCCCAAAGGUGCGAAACUUGAGUUCGACACGUCGGGGAAACUCAAGAGCACGCACGUCAUCGCCGCCCAGAAAGGUACCAACGUCAUUGUGGAAAACCUCUUCCACAACCUGCCCGUCCGCCGCCGCGAGCUUGAGCGUAACAUCAAGCGGGAAUGGAACAAGGUCAUUGCACUUCUGAACCAGUACGCCUGCAUUCAAACAGGAGUUAAAUUCACUGUAUCACAGCAGCCUAGCAAGGGAAAACGUAUCGUACUCUUUUCCACCAAAGGCAACAUGACAACACGCGAGAACCUUGUCAACAUCUUCGGCGCCAAGACAAUGACAGUCAUGGUCAAGUUAGACAUGACACUCAAGUUUGAGCCCACUACUGCUUCUAGUUUAUUGCCUAGUCAAAAAGACAUGCAUAGCUCCGCUGAAGCUCGUCUUCAAGGGUAUGUCAGCCGACCAGCGCACGGCGAAGGCCGCCAAACACCAGACCGGCAAAUGUUCUUCGUUAACGGCAGACCAUGCGGACUGCCUCAAUUUGCAAAGGUGUUCAACGAGGUUUACAGGUCAUACAAUUCAUCCCAGUCUCCUUUUAUAUUUGCCGACAUCCAACUUGACACGCACCUAUAUGAUGUCAACGUUAGCCCCGACAAACGUACAAUUCUAUUGCACGACCAAAGUCGGAUGCUGGAAAACUUGAGAGAAGCUUUGAUUGCUCUUUUUCAGUCACAAGAUUAUUCCAUACCGGUUGCCAAACUUUCAACGCAGAAGGCACAGGUGGAAGCGCAAACCCCUGUAGUUGGGAACACCGGCUCUGAAAGUAGAGAGCAAAGUGCAAAAGUCCCAGCUUUUGCUGCAAAGACUGCAACGGAAGCAAUACGAAGCGACAAUUCCAGCUCUGAGAAUGAAACUGAUAAACCCACGCGAAAGGGGCGGACAACGAAGCCCACCAAACUGACCGCAGCAGAGCUACAGUCGCAGAACUUGAUUAGCCGAUGGAUCGGGAAAAAAGCUGACGAGCCCAAAAGUUUGGAGAUCCAAGAUUCACGACAUAAAGAGUCGUUGGAUAGCAGAAACGAUAUUGAGGAGUCGGCCAUGUGUCAAAAGUCGGCAGUACCGCAGGAUGAGGAUGAUAUCUCUGGGGAGCUCUCAACAUCUUCCAUGGAGGUACCGGAUAAUGAUUUGGUUACUCCGAUUGGACUUUCUCGCAAAGUUCUCGAUUUUCAUACUCGUCUUUCUGAGGUGGAUGCCCAAGACACUGUUGGGACACGAUUAGCGGAUAUAGCAAGUACGCAGGAUACCGACAAGGAAAACACAGAGGCAGAGGUUCCAGCAAUUACGCCAGUCAAAGCACCACGACAUACCAGCCGACCAUUGACAGCGACACCACGGCUGCUUAAAAGGUCUGUUGCAGACAUGGCGGCCGUUAACAUUGGGUGCCACAGGCCCACGGGCCCAACAGAAACUCAAUCUAAGCGAGCGAGGGUCGAUACUGGCCCAGAAGCGAGAGAGCCUCCAUUCGACGAAGCUGCAUACUCGAUAGCAAACUUAGCUACCGGUUCUUCCCCAGAUGGAAGACUAUCAGGGAUUCAGCGAAGCAAGCAGGGGAGGCUAUCCAAGGACUGCUCAGAAAAUCCCGAUGAGGACGACUCAGCCAUUGCUACCGAUGAAGACGCCUAUGUCCCUGCCUCAUCCAAGUCGCAAGUGGAGAAUCAUCCUGACGAGGCAAUGAGCGUUGAUGAUGUCGGUGGAAGGUUAGCAUGCACUCCAGGAGGGCCUGAUGUGAUGUCCAGCCCGACAGAUAGCCCCAAUAAUUUAUCUGCGAGUUACAGCGACGAUAUAAACACACUUCAGUCGACUGUGGAAAGGGGUCGAGCCAAGAACAUCUCUUUGGGGCAGGACAAUACAAGCAGUAGAUCUCUUGUUCUCAGAGCAGGGAUAAAACGAAAGGAUGCUAUUUUGCAAUACGAGCAAAACAUUAGAAUGAGUAAGGAAGCCUUAAAAUCUCUUCUGGAGUCGUGGGCGUCGGAAUGCAAGCGAGCCGCAUCACAACGUAACCCACUGAAGGGUGCCACUAGCAUAGAGUCCGAAGACGCUGAAGAGGUCCUUUCUUUGAUUAUCUCGAAGUCGGACUUUGGAAAGAUGACCGUUGUUGGCCAGUUCAACCUGGGUUUUAUCAUUGCUGUCCGACAUGCAAUACGAGGCGGCAACGAUGCUACAUCGACAAGUGGGGACGAGCUUUUCAUUAUCGAUCAGCAUGCAUCAGAUGAAAAGUACAACUUUGAACGGCUACAGUCCGUAACUGUCGUCCAAUCGCAACGUCUUGUUCAUCCCAAGCAGCUCGAGCUCACCGCUCUGGAGGAAGAAAUCGUUAUGGAAAACCUAGCCGCCUUGGACAUUAACGGCUUUAAAGUUCUUGUGGACGAUUCAGGCGACCAACCCGUGGGUUCACGGUGUAAACUUAUCACACUUCCCCUGAGCCGUGAUACAACGUUUACUCUUUCUGAUCUUGAAGAGCUUAUAUCUUUGCUUGGGGAUCACCUGAGCAGUGCCAGAUCUGCCCCACGGCCGUCGAAAGUGCGGUCUAUGUUCGCGAUGCGAGCUUGCCGUAGCAGCGUCAUGAUAGGCAAGGCACUGGCGCAUCGGCAAAUGGAGAGGCUGGUCCGGCAUAUGGGCGAGUUAGAUAAACCUUGGAAUUGCCCCCAUGGGCGGCCAACCAUGCGGCAUCUGGGUGGUCUCGGUUCUUGGGACGAUAAUGGCUGGAAGGAGGCCCAAUCUCGAGUCAACUGGGCUGAAUAUGCUCGGAGCUAG